UCAAUCAUCUACCCAUCUGUCAGUGUCAGUACAUUAUUUGUAAACAAAGCCAUUGAAUCCCUAAUUUUUAUAUUCAUUAUUAAAAAAGUCAAUCAAAAUUGCAAUUGGAUAUCCUACGCCCAGUCGCCAACAUAUGGAAAGGAUAUAUUAUUGUCAUUCAAGAUAUAGCCUUCAUCAUGUUACCUGAGUAUAAAGAAAGGAUAGUCAAGAACUUUGUGUCUCUUAUGAAGGAGUGUAAUAUAAACGUAUUAACAAAAUUACUGGUCGAAAAGAAAGUGUUCACAGUUAACGAAAUCAACAAAAUUCUUGGCAGUAACGAUGCUCGCCAUAACAAAAGGGUAUUCUUCUUUGAAUUACAAAAGAAGGAGCAAAGAGCUUUUGCUGUAUUGCUGGAGUGCUUGAGGGAAACUGGCCAAGGUCAUCUUGCUGAUACGCUACAGUAUAAACGAACAGGUGCCAAGGUAUUCAAUCAAGCAGUAUGUGAUGAUGAUGGAGGUAUUUCCCCGAAAAUUUCUGUGCCCAUCCAUGUUGAUCCGUCAACGUCACCACUCAGUAUUAAAGUUGAACAUUCUAGAAAUUUUUUUGACACCAUCGAGCACAACAAAGGAUUCGAAUAUUAUUAUUCAAGGGCCAAAACGAGGGGUAGAGCUCUUAUCAUAAACAAUUAUGAUUUCGGUGCAAAAAUGGAAUAUAGAAAUGGAGCAACGGUGGAUAAUAACAAUCUGAAAAGCUUGUUCAAGCAGAUGGGAGGAUGGGACAUCCAGAUGUAUGAGAAUAAAACUGCUGCUGAAAUGUUGAUGAUAAUUAAGAAUUUUGCACAAGACAAGAAAAAUAAACAUUACAAUGUAUGUUUUGUCAUUAUAAUGAGUCAUGGAUGUGAAAUCAACAAUAAAACUAUAAUAUAUGGAAUAGAUGGAAGCUUUUUAUACGAAUGCAAGAUACAGGAAGAGUUCAACAAUGAACACUGCAAACUUCUUUUAGCUAAGCCUAAGAUAUUAAUUUUCCAUGUCUGUAGAGGGAAUAAUUUGGACUACUCAACAAAGCAAGUGACUGAAACUGAUUCAGCAGUCAGGGAUAUGGAAAUGUUGAACAUGAGGACACAAGAGGAUAUGUUAAUUGGUUAUUCAACAUUACUUGGUUAUAAAACGCACAGAGAUGCCCACAGAGGAUCAUGGUACAUUGAAAUAUUGUGUGAAAAGUUCAUGAAGUACGCUCACGACACACCGGUUGACGACUUACUGUCAUUGAUUGAUCAGGGUCUGAGACGAAGAAUGUCCGAGUAUUACACCAUGCAAACAGCGGAAAUGAGCAAUAAGGGAUUUAAAAAGUUGUAUUUGCAUCCUGGUAUAUAUUAUGAGGAUGAUGCCAUUAAGACAUUUUUUAACUAAAUAUGAUUUUAUGAUUAUACAGGUCCGGGAUAAGGUGACGUUUUCUUUGAGGUAUAUUUUGCUACAGGUUUCUAUGAAAAAAUGUCGCUUUGGAUAUACAAAAUCCCCUAAAGGACGCGGCUGAAAAUCAGUUUUUCUUUAACAACUUCUGAAUGACACUGUAUAUUCCAACGAAAUUUUUACAGUACUGUAGAUCACUUUGGAGGCCUGAGUAGACGAGUUAGUAAUUGGUCGAGGCUCGCGGGUUCGAAUCUCCGCUCGGAAGUUAAUUCCGAGCCAUGGAUGUUGUGUUGUGUGUUGUCUAUAUCACGCACUAGCGCGGUUAAGAUCAAUAAUAAUAAUAUUUAUUCAAACAGGAUGGCAACCAAUCACAGGAACAUGCAAUAAUAAACAUUAAGUCUCUUGUGUUUUGCAUUUAAGACAUGAAUGAAAAAUAUUGUUACAGGAAAUAAAAACAUAAACAUGAAUAUGAAUGACAGUAAAAUUGACACAAAAUGAUAUAUAUAUCUAAAAAUUACCGCGCUAUUUGCAAAAAUAAUCAUUACUGUUAAGCGCCGCAUAUGUUUGCGCACCUGAAUGGUAUCAUUAUUGAUUUCUUUGCAACUUUAUAUUUGUUUUAUUUUAAAUAGGGGACUUAUGAUUUUUUUUAAGAAUCAAAACCCUGUUUAUAUCUUUGAAUGAAUUUAUUUCUGGAUAUUAGCACGACAAAGGCAUCAACUUUUGUUUUUAUUUCAUAUUUACGAUUAUGCAUUUUCCAGUAAACAAUAAAUGUAGAAAUCGACGUUUUUUGUAAUAACAAAUUAAUAGUUACGACAAAUUGGCUGUGUAAGAUCUGAUUCUCAAGGUAUUUUCAUCCACUAAAUUUUUUUUUUAACACAACACCAAUAAUUUAUAACUAUUUUACGCGAAAAAGUGGUUUUCCAACUUUGACGUUUAAUAAAAAAGUUAGCUAGCAAAAUUUUCUUGAUGAGAAGCACUGUCUUAUACCCUCAAGGAUAUAAUUCCGAUGUAAAACUGUUUAUUACAAUUUUUCUAAAACAGAAGCUGGGUCUCUAGCCCAUUCAAUUUGUUAUUAUAUUGUUAAAAUUUCGUUAAAUUGUAGUGUGAUUUAAAAGUUACUUAUGAAAAACUGAUUACCUUCAGAAAUAUUUAUCGCCAUAAGAAAACCCCAUAGAAUUUUUUAUAGGAAUUUGUAACAUGAAAUGCGAAAGGCUUUCGCGGCCAUCAUCCAAUGUUAUUUCGUUGGUUUUUGGGUAGUUAGACCGUCGUAAAAUAUUUUUACUUGACGUUCCGCUAACACGAGUGGUUGACAUCUUCAGAAGAUGUUCACAGUGAACCACUGCCAUCUCCGCGGUCCUAGCUCAUAUUUAUGUGGCUCGGUUGUUCGGGAGAGCCCUUCGGAAAUCCUCGGCUGGCGCGCUCGGGAUGACUCGGCUGUUGUUUUGCCGAGGAUUACCGAAGAGCUCUCCCCACCACCCGAGCCACAUAUAAAUAUGAGCUAAGACCGCGGAGAUGUCAGUAGCUCACGGGGCUACGAACUGUGAACAUCUUCUGAAGAUGCCAACCACUCGUGUUGGCGAAACGUCAAGUAAAAAUAUUUUACGAACGCCACCAACCAAAUAAUUUGUAGCAUAUUUUUUUUUUGUGUUUAUAUUCACCUUAUUCUAGGACACACUGUAUACAUUUAUUUAGUAUUCCUGCAAUGUAAUUUAUACAUUUAGCUUUAUGAAUAGUACAAGUAUUUUUAUAUCAUAAAUUAUGAUGAAAUUAAUUAGGAACAAUAUAUGAUUUGUAAGUAGUUUUAAAUUUGUAAUUUUUAGGUACAAUACAAUUUUGCUACAGUUAAUAAAAUAUACUACCA